CCUGGGCCCGCCCCGGCUCCAUCUUGCGGGCUACGGGGUUGGGCUGUGACGCUGCUCCAGGGGUCAGAAUGUCAUACCCAGGCUAUCCCCCUACAGGCUACCCACCUUUCCCUGGAUAUCCUCCUGCAGGUCAGGAAUCAUCUUUUCCCCCUCCAGGCCAGUAUCCUUAUCCUAGUGGCUUUCCUCCAAUGGGAGGAGGUGCUUAUCCACAAGUGCCAAGUAGUGCCUACCCAGGAGCUGGAGGCUACCCUGCACCUGGAGGUUAUCCAGCCCCUGGAGGCUAUCCUGGUGCCCCACAGCCAGGGGGAGCACCAUCCUAUCCUGGAGUUCCUCCAGGCCAAGGAUUUGGAGUCCCUCCAGGUGGAGCAGGCUUUUCUGGCUAUCCACAGCCACCUUCACAGUCUUAUGGUGGUGGUCCAACACAGGUCCCACUUCCUGGUGGCUUUCCUGGAGGACAAUAUCCUGGAGGACAAGCUCCUUACCCUAGUCAGCCUGCUGCGAUGACUCAGGGCACUCAAGGAACAGUCAGACCAGCUGCCAACUUUGAUGCUAUGAGAGAUGCAGAAAUUCUCCGUAAAGCAAUGAAGGGUUUUGGGACAGACGAGCAAGCAAUUGUGGAUGUUGUGGCCAACCGUUCCAAUGAUCAGAGGCAAAAAAUUAAAGCAGCUUUUAAGACCAUGUAUGGCAAGGAUUUAAUGAAAGAUCUCAAAUCAGAGUUAAGUGGAAAUAUGGAAGAAUUAAUCCUUGCCCUGUUCAUGCCGUCUACAUAUUAUGAUGCCUGGAGUUUACGGAAUGCAAUGCAGGGAGCAGGAACUCAGGAACGUGUAUUGAUUGAGAUUUUGUGCACAAGAACAAAUCAGGAAAUCCGAGAAAUCGUCAGAUGUUAUCAGUCAGAGUUCGGACGAGACCUUGAAAAAGACAUUAGGUCAGAUACAUCAGGGCAUUUUGAACGUCUACUUGUAUCUAUGUGCCAGGGAAACCGUGAUGAGAACCAGAGUGUAAACCACCAGAUGGCUCAGGAAGAUGCUCAGCGUCUCUAUCAAGCUGGUGAAGGAAAACUAGGGACAGAUGAAUCUUGCUUUAACAUGAUCCUUGCCACAAGAAGCUUUCCUCAGCUGAAAGCUACCAUGGAGGCUUAUUCUAGGAUGGCUAACCGAGAUUUGUUAAGCAGUGUGGGCCGUGAAUUUUCCGGAUAUAUUGAAAGUGGUUUGAAGGCCAUCUUGCAGUGUGCCCUGAACCGCCCUGCUUUCUUUGCUGAGAGGCUGUACUAUUCCAUGAAAGGUGCUGGCACAGAUGACUCCACCCUGAUCAGGAUUGUGGUCACUCGAAGUGAGAUUGAUCUUGUGCAGAUAAAACAGAUGUUUACUCAGAUGUAUCAGAAGACGCUGGGCUCAAUGAUUUCAAGUGACACAAGUGGAGAUUACCGAAGGCUUCUUUUGGCCAUUGUGGGCCAAUAGGAAUUAUUUUCUUUUUUUCUUUUUUUUUUUUUAAUGUGAGUGCAGCUAUUCAUAGCUUAUCCUUCAAAGCAGUGAUGACCUGCAUGCAGCAAUAUCAACCAUCACCUAACCAAAAGAGCUUUUUACUAAGGACUGUGUCAGGGUAAUGUGCUUGGUUUGCACAUGUUGUUAUUGCCUUAAUUCUAAUGGUUUUUUUCUCUUUAUACAAUCAGUAUAAAGGUAGAUCACAGUGAUAUAGUAAUAUCACAAUGUUUAUAAAGCUUAAUUCUCACUAAUCUUAUUCUAAUCAGGAUAUUAAAUCAAAUAAAAGUAACAAUAAUCUCU